CUCUUUGGCGCCAGGUCUAAACUCCAUUCCAGCAGGUGGCGCUACAGCUCCGUGAUCAGAGCUCACAAGUAGAAGGUAGCCGCGAAGCUAAUGCUAAUAGUCGUACGUCAAAUCCACAAACUCGUGUUGUCAGUUCGUCAUGUAGGAAGCGAACAAGCUGCUGAUAACAAGUACCGACAAACUACAGACUGCAGUUGACGGACCGGAUAUCAUAACGGAGAGAAUUAACGAGAAAAGAUGCAAGCAGGGGACCCUGUGGUUGGUGCAUCUAUGGCAGUCUCUGGUGCCCAGAGUCGGUCAGAGGACGAAGAGUCGCUGGGAGUAAAAGAUAUGAAAAGGACAGCAACACAAGCAUUUGGCAGUGGUGUUCCCAAACGUAGAAGUUCUUCCAGGUCGAUAAAGAGGAAGAAGUUUGAUGAUGAGCUCGUAGAAAGCAGUCUUGUGAAGUCAUCUAGCAGAGUCAAAGGCCCUCCUGUCAUAGAGCCUGUCCGCUGUCCAGCGAGUGAACUUUCUUCUUGUGAGAAGAAAAAGGUGACAAAGUCAGGAACCACUCUCACACCACCUCUCGCCAUGGUAAUAAACCCUCCACCCAUCACCAAAAGAGUGAAGAAAAGCAAGCAACCUCUACAUAUCACCAAAGACCUGGGGCGAUGGAAACCCACAGAUGAUCUGCUCCUCAUAAAUGCAGUGUUGCAGACAACAGAUCUAACCUCAGUUCAUCUGGGGGUCAAGUUCAGCUGUCGCUUUACUUUACGGGAAAUUAAAGAGAGGUGGUACGCUCUGCUCUACGAUCCUGUCAUUUCAAAGCUGGCAUGGCAGGCCAUGCGGCAGCUUCACCCAGAGGCCAUUGCAGCAAUUCAAAGUAAAGCCCUCUUCAGUCAGGCUGAGGAGGUACUGCUGGCAAAGAUUGGUUCGACUAGUCAGCCUAAACUGGACGUGUUCCAAGAGCUUCUUAGCAAGCACCCUGGUGUCUUUCACCCAUCUCGCACUCCCAAGAGCUUACUGGUGCACUGGCAGCUGUUAAAGCAGUACUACCUACUGGAUGACCAGAGUGUCCAGCCUCUUCCUAAAGGGGACCAGGUCCUCAACUUCUCUGAUGCUGAGCAGAUGGUUGAUGAUGUAAAGUUAAAGGAGAGCAGAGAUGAAGUUUUGGAACACGAGCUGAUGAUUUCUGAUCGCCACCAGAAAAGGGAGAUCAGACAGUUAGAGCAGGAGUUGCCUCGUUGGCAGGUUCUCGUGGACAGUAUCACAGGGAUGAGCAUGCCUGACUUUGAUAACCAGACACUGGCAGCACUACGAGGACGAAUGGUACGCUACCUCAUGAGAUCAAGAGAGAUUACGUUGGGCAGGGCGACCAAGGACAAACAGAUAGAUGUGGAUCUGUCACUAGAAGGACCUGCCUGGAAAAUAUCAAGAAAACAAGGAAUUAUUAAACUGAAGAAUAAUGGAGACUUCUUCAUCGCCAACGAGGGCAGACGACCCAUUUACAUUGAUGGGAGACCAGUCCUGUCGGGCAACAAGUGGAAACUCAAUAACAACUCAGUGGUGGAGAUCGCAGGUCUCCGCUUUGUGUUUCUAAUUAACCUGGAACUUAUCUCGCUAAUAAAAGCUGAAGCAGCCAAGAUGACACAGCAGUGAAUGUCCGCGACCAAGCACAAGAAUUAUUAGACAGAACACACUGGCAGAUGAAUGGACCAGUCAGACGUUCUGCUGAGAAGAGGGCUUAACAAAGCACAGCACCGUUACCAAGACUCAGACUGACAACAGCUAUGUUAACCUCACAUGUGAACUUGUCAACAGGCUACUGCUUAACCCUGGAACUAAAUAGUAACAGGUUCUCACUUGGUGUUUGAACAUUUUCCAUGUUGUAAUGUAGAUACUCUCAUGGUAGAGCCUUGUUUUUCCAGUUUUUCAGAAUAUUGUAUUUAAAUGCUGCAGUAAAAGCUUUUUCAAAAACCAAA